AUGUCCAAUAUCCUGACUGUCUUGCAAACCCGGUCGUGGUUUAAAAAGAAGAACGGAAAAUGGAGAGUUUGUAUCGAUUUCACCGACCUCAACAAAGCAUGUCUAAAAGACAGCUUUCCAUUGCCUCACAUCGAUCGGCUAGUAGAAGCUACAGCCGGACAUGAACUGCUGUCCUUCAUGGACGCAUUCUCGGGCUAUAAUCAAAUCCUCAUGAACCCCGAAGACCGAGAAAAAAUGAGCUUCAUCACGGAACGAGGAACAUACUGCUACAAAGUAAUGCCAUUCGGAUUAAAAAAAGCCGGAGCCACUUACCAAAGACUAGUGAACAAAAUGUUCUCCAAACAGCUUGGGGAAACAAUGGAAGUCUACAUAGAUGAUAUGCUGGUAAAGUCAUCAAGAGCAAACGACCAUGUUCCCCAGUUGCAAGAAUGUUUCAACAUCGUUAACAAAUUCGGAAUGAAACUGAAUCCGACAAAAUGCACAUUCGGGGUAGCCUCCAGAGAGUUCCUUGGCUACUUGGUAACCGAAAGAGGAAUCAAAGCCAACCUGAAACCAAUCGCAGCACUUGUCGAUACCUUACCACCGAGAUCGAUCCAAGAAGUACAACUCCUCACCGGAAAAAUAGCCGCAUUAAACCGCUUUAUAUCUAGAUCGACCGAUAGAUGCCUUCUUUUUUACAAACUGUUAAAAGGAAAUAAGAAAUUCGAAUGGAACAUCGAAUGCGAUUCCGCAUUAAAAGAACUCAAGGCGUACAUCAGCGAGCCGACUGUGUUGUCUAAGCCAAUCGUAGAAGAAAUUCUCUUCCUAUACGUCGCGACCUCCGAAUACGCAGUGUGUGAACAAAUAUAUUACGUGAGUAGAUCGUUCGUUGAUGCAGAAACCAGAUACCUGGUAAUGGAGAAGCUCGCACUUGCUGUGGUAACAGCUGCAAGGAAACUGAGACCCUACUUGCAGUCUCAUUCGAUCACAGUUAUGACAUUACAACCCCUACGGACGAUACUUCAUAGUCCGAGCCAAUCCGGCAGACUCGCCAAAUGGGCAAUCGAACUUAGCGAGUAUGACAUAGAAUAUAAGCCGCGAACGAGUUCAAAAGCUCAAGUACUAGCAGAUUUCUUCAUCGAGCUUGUUCCAAAGGGUGAAAGUUCUAGCUUGAAUACUAAACGGAGGCUACAUGUCGACGGGGCAUCAUCUAAACAAGGAUCCAGAAUAGGAAUACAGCUCGAAUCUCCAACAGGAGAGAUGAUCGAACAGUCAUUUCAACUAGGAUUCAACGCGUCGAACAACGAAGCCGAGUAUGAAUCCGUAAUCGCCGGACUACGUCUCGCAAGGAGCGUCGGUGCCCAAGAAAUCAGCGCCUUCAGCGACUCGCAAUUAGUAACGAAUCAAUUCCAUGGAGAAUACGAAGCCAAAAACGAAAGAAUGGAAGCAUAUCUCUCACUCUUGCAAGAAAUAGCCCAGCAGUUCGACAAGUUCGCACUAAUGAAAAUCCCAAGAGGAGACAACACAUCAGAUGACGCCCUAGCCGCACUGGCCUCGACUUCCAAUCCAGCGAUAAAAAGAAUAAUACCAGUGGAAGGCAUAGACAAACCAAGCAUAAAUCUCUCACGGAAGGAGAUCUAUCUUCCAGGGAACAAUUCCCCGAACAUUAAUGCAAUAACAACGCGGGGAAUGGCACAAAGAGAAAGCCAGUGUCUCGAUGACGAAAACAAUGAUGAGCUCGACAAUCAGUCAGCCCCGAGCACAUCGCGCGUCGGAACCAGAAGAACAGCUGCCACUUCAGCUACCCCCAAAGAAGCCGUCCAUGAGACAAGUAACGAGGCGCAUGAAGCUUUCAAAAAAGAAAUGGGAGUAAGGCCAGAUUGGAGAAUCCCAAUAUAUAAAUAUAUAAAGGACGGAGAGCUCCCAUCCGAAAGAUGGGAAGCUCGAAAAAUAAAAGCCCGGAGCUCGCGUUAUUGUAUCAUGGAGGAAAGACUGUACAGAAGGAGCCAAGACGAGCCCUAUCUCUUAGGUGUAUCCCCCAAGGACGCGUUCACAAUCCUAAAACAAACCCACGGGGGAGCAUGCGGGAGCCAUUCCGGAGGACGAUCUCUAGCAAUCAGGAUAAAGAAAUUAGGCUACUUCUGGCCAACGAUCGCUGAUGACAGAGAGCAAUUCCCGCUGAAAUGCGACAAAUGCCAAAGGUACGUGCCGAUGAUACAUCAACCGACCCAAAAAUUGUCUACCAUAUCCUCACCGUACCCUUUCAUGAAAUAG